ACACUACAACAGGGCAGAUACAGUGAGAUACAGGUUUAAACUGACCUGCCAGGGCUAAGGAUGAAGUUAGAGAUGGCCCUAGCCAUAGCUCUAGCCCUGGCUGUGGUGUCCUGGACACAGGAGUUUUUCCCUAAGGAGGCCCAGACUCUCAACUGGAGCAAGUUUUCAGGCUUCUGGUACAUUAUUGCCAUCGCCACAGACACCCAGGGGUUCCUACCAGCUAGAGACAAGAGGAAGCUGGGGGCAUCUGUGGUCAAGGUGCACAAAACAGGCCAGCUCAGGGUGGUCAUCGCCUUCAGCAGGCCUCGGGGCUGCCAGUCCAGGGAGGUGACUCUGAAGAAGGACAGGAAGAGACCUGUGUUCAGGAAUACCCUCAAGGGAGUAAAGGGCUUCCAUGUGCUGUCCACGGACUACACGUACGGCCUGGUAUACCUCCGCCUGGGGCGUGCAGGCAGCAACUACAAGAGCCUGCUCCUUUUCAACAGACAGAAUAUCUCUAGCUUCCUGAGUCUGCGAGAAUUUCUGGACACAUGUCAUAUUCUGCAGCUCACCAAAGAGGCCACCAUCCUUCCGAAAGACGAUUCCUGUGCACACACGAUCCUGCCUUGACAGCCAGCCUCCUGCUUAGCCCUUUGGCUUGAGAGUCCUCCAGACCCUGGACAUUCAGUGGCUAUCUGGCUGCAGAGAUCCUGAGCCGUGGUUGCUGCCUUUGUAUCUUCCAAUCCCAGAAAACUUCCUCUGGGCUGUGCUCAUGGCUUUCUCUUCCAUCUACCUGCCCUGCAGGUUCCUGGACUUCACUGGAGGCUGAGUCACACCAUCACUUCACCCUGGGGAGGUCAACACUGACUUCAGCCUCACUCUGCUCCCAUUUCCUUCUUUUAUUUUAAAAAGGCUUUCUUUAUUUUGUGGCCUAGAGAUGACUUAGUUGUUAGAGAGUGUAUUGCUGAGGACUGAAUUCAGUCCCCAGCACCCAUAUUGUGUGGCUCACGACUGCCUGUAACUCCAGCUAAAGGGGAUCCAAAAGCCUCUUCUGACCUUUGUGGGCACUGCACACACAUGUACAAUCUGCCACACAUACAUAAAAAUAAAAAUAAAAAUCUUUUGAA